AUGGCACACAUUCAGAUGCAAGAUAAUCGGGUGAUUGACAUUAUCAAGUUGGUAAGGCUGGAAGGAUUGUUUAGGGCUCCUUCCAGAGAGAUAGAUCAUUGCCUAAUAUCGGCCCUAGUUGAGCAAUGGCGGCCAGAGACUCAUACGUUCCAUCUUCCACAUGGUGAGAUGUCAAUCACCCUACAAAAUGUGGAGGUCAUUUUCAGACUUCCUAUAGACAGUAAGGUCUUGGUUGGGCCGACUGCCGUGGUGGAUGGGGAUUGGAGUCAACUGCGCAUGGAGUUGCUUGGUUUUACUCCGGCGAAUGACAACAAAACUUUGGUGGGGCAAAGAAUUCUCAUCAGCCGCCUUAUUGACGCCAUUGCAAAGCCACUGCCUUAUGACGCAACAGAGAUUCAGAUACAGCAGUAUGCCCGGUGCUAUAUUUUAGCACUAUUAGGGGAUAAGCUUUUCAUGGACAAGUCGAGAGAUAAGGUGCAUCUAAUGUUUUUGGAGUUCUUGCGAAACCUUCAUGAUCCGCCACAGUAUAGUUGGGGUAGUGGUUGCUUGGCUUGGUUGUACAGAGAGUUGUGUCGGGCAAGCGAGAAAGGGGCAUCGCAAAUUGGUGGGGCGUGCACCUUGGUCCAGUAUUAG